AUGGAGGAGGAGCAGGUGAGGGAGACGACGAUGACGCCGGUGGUCCUCAGGCUGUUCGGCGUGGAUGUCCGCCGGGGCGACGGCUGGGAACCGGAGGAGUUGCCGAUGGACCUCAAGAAAAGCUCCAGCAUGCCCAACCUCAUCAUCCACCAGCCUCUGCUGCCGCCGGGGGAGGCCGGAGACGUCAAGGGGUACGCCUCAGACGACGCGGAGCUGGCGUCCGGCCAGCAGAAGCGCCGCCGCCGCAAGGCCCAGGAGAGGAAGAAAGGAAUUCCAUGGACCGAGGAGGAGCACAGGAAAUUCCUGGACGGACUAAGGAAUCUGGGCAAGGGGGACUGGAGGGGCAUCUCCAAGGGCUUCGUCACCACCAGGACGGCGACGCAGGUGGCCAGCCACGCCCAGAAGUACUUCCUCCGGCAGACCAACCCCGGCAAGAAGAAGCGCCGGGCGAGCCUCUUCGACGUCGGCAUCGCUGACUACAACUACAACGACGAUCAGGUGCCAAGCCCUCAGAGAAGCAUUGUUACCAAGCCGGCUCCUACGCAGGAAAUAAUUCAUACCGACCGUGGCGAUGUACCCUUUAGAGGCUUCGGGGAGAUUUUAGGCAAUAACAUGCAGGUUAAUCAACUAACUGAUUAUUACUACUUCAAGAAGGAUCCAAAUGUUCACUUGGAGACAUCGCUCUCCAUGGCCUCCGGCCUGGAAACAGCCUCAUCCACCACCAACCUGAACCUCAGCAUCAUCGCCGUCAACAGUCUGGAGCUCAGCAUCGCGCCCCCUGCUCGGUGCGGCUGCGGUGGCCCGGCAGGGGCCAUCAAAGUCCUGUGA